AGAAGAGAGCAUUAAUAAUAUCAGUGAUAAUUAGGAAGCACAGGUGAGGGCAGGUUUGUCUGGAAGUUUGGGCUAUGCUACCAGGAGGCUCAAAGCUGAAAAACUGCAGCGCCAGACUUCACAAUAAAGGUCUUGUCAGUUGCAACGUUUUCCCUGAGCAUCUUGUGGCAGCCAAUGAGCGCCUCUUUUGACCCAGAUUUGCACUUCCAUUGGCUGCAGCCUGUCUUUCCUUUGCUCUAAUACAGGGUUGGAUUUAGCGGAUCUGAACUAAAUAAUCCAUUUCCUCACAUCUCGGCGCAAAUUACAGCAGGAAGAUUAAAGCAGUGAUUGGUUGACUGAUUGAUCCUUAUCCCCCUUUGCUGGCUGCAAAACCGAGCAGCCCCCAAUUCCUGCCGACUUUUCUUCUCACGAGCCUUUUAAUUUAAUGCAAUGAAAGUCUUUUGCCUGAUCUGAAAACCCACAACAGGGCCAUCAUGUUGAGGCAACACUUUCCGUAUGAGCUGGUUGGCUACGCGCAGGCCCCCUCCGCCCUGCUUCCUAAACAAGCCGAGGAGAGCAGGCCGGAGUUUGCGCCGGAGCACCUCCAGCCGCAAUCCGGGACUGGGACCACCCGGGUGGGCGGUAGCAAGAGCGAGCAGAAGAGCGAGCAGCAGCUGCUGCGGAGAAAAAUCAACAGCCGCGAGCGGAAGCGGAUGCAGGACCUCAACUUGGCCAUGGACGCGCUACGAGAGGUGAUUCUGCCCUACUCGACGGCUCACUGCCAGAGCUCGCCGGGGCGGAAGCUUUCCAAAAUCGCCACGUUACUCUUAGCCCGGAAUUACAUCCUGUUGUUGGGAAGCUCGUUGCAGGAGCUCCGGAGAAUCAUAGGGGAGAUAAGCGGCUCCGCAAGUCCCAGGCUGCUGCUGGCUGGACUGCCUCUCUUCGCCGCCGCCGUCGCCCCGGGCCCGGUGCUGCUAACGCCGGGGAACAUGAGCCACCACCACCUGCACCACCACCACCACCACCCUGACAGGCUGCGACCAGCCAGCAAAUACCUCUCGGCGGCCCUGGAGGAGCAGCAGUGCGGCCAAGUGCACGUACCCGGUGGGGCUACCCUUUGCUCGUGCGCCGCUUGCAAGUUCCCCCACUUGUUUCCUUCCGGCUUCGGAGUGGCCGCUGUGCAGACGCAGUUUUCCAAAUGAGUCUGCUCCUCCUGAGCUGAGGAGGGAUGGAGACGGAGGGAGCCCGGCCGGCUACAAUCGAAACUGGUGGGAGGGCCGGGCCGGGAGGACUCCAGGAGCCUCGCUCCUUCUCCUUUUAUUACUCGGUCUGGAUGGAGCGACAGCCGGGGGAGAGAGACCUGAAUGUUUAACACUUUGAAAAGGACGGUUUUGCAUGCUUUCCUUUCAAAUCAGGUGCGAGAUCACCGGGGCAAAAGUCUUAUUUUUGACCCUCGGAUGCGAGUUGAAGACGAGGGUGAGGUGGGGCAGUUGUAUUAAAGAGGGAGAAACUGAGUCCAACCAAGCUGACCGUUUGAAGAUGCAGCUUUGCACUGGACAUGAAAUCAAUGCCAAGUCUAUUAAGGAUGUAGAUUUACAAAAGAUUUCACGGAGCCACCGAACUGGAAGGAACCUUCCUCUGCUUAGUGCAAGAAUCUGAGUGAAAGCAUUCCAGACAGGUGGCUAUCCAGCCUCUGGUUGAGCACAUCCAGCAAAGGGGAGUCACCAGCCCUUGGUAAUUGGUUCCACUUGUCAAACUGCUUUAUGCCAAUAACUUCCUGUAAUUGGACAUCUUAAUCUGUGUCCCACACCCUGGGAUGCAGAGAACAAGUCAUUCUUCUGUAUGACACUUCUUUGGGCACUUGAAAAGUUUGAUCCUAUUCAUCCUCAGUUAUUUCUCAAGGCUUAAACAUAUCCAUUUUUUUCAGGCUCCUCUAAGACAAUCAGGAUUUGCACUAGGGACUUAUGGCAUUUAAUUCAGCAAUGAAGACAAGUUUUCUAUCACUUCAGUGAUGGCUGAGUGACAUCAGAAGAUGCUAUUAGACUCUAGUUGUGAUCCUGACUAAAUAUUCAGUCUUUGGAUCAUCCUUGGUAAGGUUCUAUACUGGGCACCUGUUUCAAUUUCUCAGUCUCUCUUAAGGUACGGUGCCCAGAAACUGAGUGUGAUACUCAGAAUAUAAUAUAACUUUACUUCUGGGAUUUGGAAAAUAUACUAAGCUGUAUUUGCCUUUUCAGCAGCUAUGUCAACUGAUUCAUAUUCAGCUACUGAUUCUCCAUUCAAUACCUUGCAUUUGAUUACUUUUUCUAUAUGAAGAACUUUCCAUUUGUCUCUAUUAAAUUUCAUUCUUUUUUCAGUCUGUCAAGAUGACUUUGAAUUUUGUUUCUGUCUAUUAAUAUUUUAUCUGUCUUACUCAAUUCUUUAAA